AUGGCUGGGGAAAGUACUGCAGUUGGGGCAGAGGCAGCCAGGGCCGCUCUUGAGGCAUCAGCGUCAAUCACUGGAGGGGCCCUCUCAGUCUCAUUGAAAAUUGACAGCCCCAUUGUGGCAGGAGUUGCCUUGGCAGCGGGUGCGGUGGUGACGUUGGGUGCAUUUUAUUUACGUUACAGGUGGAAAACAGAAAAUGCGAUUAGAAAUAGCCUAGAAAGAAUGAAUGCGAUUGGAGCAGCUGAUCCUGAGGUCAUAAAUAUUGAAGAAGGUUCCAUCAUUGUGAAACUCCGUUGCCAUACACCGCAGAGUGUACUACAAUUUGUGAAGGACUUUAAGGAGAAGAAAGUGAAGCGUCGAUUGGAAGAAGAGCUAAAAAAAAUUGGAUUUGACAAAGAGUUAGAAGUAACUAUCGUAAAUGGCCAAGAGGUAUUCCAGAGAGAACAAGAACUAAGGUAAAAAGCGAAAUCAAUUCUUUGAUAGAUAGUUUAAUGAAACUUUUUCAUAGGAUUUCUAAAAAUCCAAUUUUACAUUUGACAAUACAAUCUUUCUCUGAAUAUUUCUACUCAGAAACACGAAACAUCACAAUAAGCUCAAAUUUUAUAACUUUUAAUAAUCUUCUGCAGGUCUUUACUUGAACCUCAAGAAGACGUAAAAGUAACUGUUGAGGAAGUUAGCCUAGGUGAGUAUCAAAGCGGGAAGUCUUCAAAUAAACAUAGG